AUGGCUCAAAAUUCAAGCUCAAACUGUCCGAAAGAGUGCCUGAGCCUCCAGGCAUGUGAGCUAAGCCGUCGGCCUCGCUCUUUCGGGCAAGGAGAGAGGCCCGCGCAGGCACACCCGGCGCGGGGCGGAGCGGAGCGGGGGGCGGGCCACGGCGCUGCCCCCGAGCCCCGCAGCGGGGCUGGGCUGUGUUACCGCUGGAGUGGAGCCUCCUCCCCCUCCGCUGCGAGCGGCGCCCGGGCUGCCACAUCGGCAUCGCCGCUCCGAGAGCGCGUUUCGCAGAGCGGGAGCCAGAGCGCCGGGAGAUGGAGCUCCGCUGCUGCCGCCGCUGCCGCCCCCCGGGACUCGCGCUCCGCCAGGGCCGCCGCUGCCACUGCCGGGACGGAGAGCGCGGCGCUGCCGCUGCUGUCUAACUCAGGGGGGAGGCAGCUCGGAGGCCGCCGCGGACAGUCCGCUUGCCGGGCCCGCGCGGCGGCGGCGGCGAAGCGCGGCCCCCACCUCUCCGCCCGCCCCGCUGCCGCUUCUCCGCCCCCGCCCGGCCCUCGGCUGGGCUCCGCCGCCGGCAGCCGGGCCAUGGCGGGGCGAUGA